CUAUGUCAGUCGAAAGCUCACUUUGAACCGGAACGGGUGGGUUUUCUUCGGUUGGUCCGUCGGUCGGUCGGUUGGGAUUACCGAGUUCGUCGGUAUCCUUGUUAAUGUUUUUGUGUUGUGGUUCCCUCAAACCGAAGCGGCCCAUCGAUCAUGCAGUGAUCCGUCGAAAAUGGAACGAGUGACAAAGAUCCCGGUUUGAAAAAUUGAAGUGCCAGUUGGGAAUCAGUUCAGUGUCUCCGAAGCAAGUGAAGAAUGUGAACCAGUCUUAAAUUUCGCCUCGUCGGUUGAGCUUCUCUGUUUCGGGUUGAUUUUGACCCAUUUAAGUGGUCCCGAUCUAGGACUCGACAGAACCUCUGCUGCUGGUGCUGCUAACGGUGUCGUCGAGAGCGGAACAAAACAAGAAAUCACGCCCCAGUGACAUUCCCCUUCUCGAAAAAAGUGCAACCCCCAACAACCCGGCGUUCGAUCAAUAAAACCACGAAGAUGAAAAGUGCGCACCGGCCGAAUAAAUGGAGGCGAAGCAUAAAUCCCGUCCCGCGUCCAUUCCACGGUCGCCUCUAGUGCCGGCCGGUGCUCCGGUGCUGGUAGUGCAGCACAAAAAACCGGCCACCCUCAGUAAAACUCCCCGAGACGCCGGUGCCCCGAAGCAUACGGUCAAGUUUAAGGAGCAGGGUGACCAGGACAUUCUUGUGGUAACCGUCGAACCGCCGUUGCCGAGCCCCUCUCCGGUGUUGGUGAGUCCCAGCCAGCUGCAGUUGCCUGUCCUCGGUGGAACUGGUGCCAAAGUGAGCCGUAGCAAAAGUGCGAAAAAAACCGGACCAAAGGAGCGUCGCGUUUCGGCCCCGGCCCUGCCGAGCGGUCGACUAUCGGAAGGAUGCACUUCGCUUAUGUACGCCUGCCAGCAGGGACUGACCGAGGAAACCGUUAAGGAGCUGAGAGAAAAGCCGAACGUCGUACAUCGACGGGAUCGUAACAACCGAGGUGCCCUGCACUACGCCAGCAGUUCGAAAGACAUCGCGGCCGCAGCCAGUGUCGCCAUGGUGGCUCCGGAACUGAUCGAGUCCGCCGAUGAGGAUGGUUUUACGCCACUGCAUCUGGCCGUCAUUCAGGGGAAUCUACAGCUUACCAAUCUGCUGCUGGCCAACGAGGCCGAUGUAAAUGCACUGGACAACGAGGGCCAUUCUGUCGUACACUGGGCAACGGUGUGCGGUGAAGUGGAAGCCCUACGAGCGGUUCUUUCGGCUGGUUCCGAUGUGUCCGUGCCGGACAUAAACGGAGGAAGUCCGUUGCACUACGCAGCUCAGAUGUGCGGUGCGAAUUACGAGGGUAAAACGGCCCGCGCCUCUGCCAAACUUGCACUGGAUAUUCUCAACACACUACUGGUUCACCCGGAUACAUCGGUCGAAGUAGAGGAUAAAGAUGGUCGUCAGCCUUUGCUGUGGGCUGCCUCGGCCGGUUCCGCCAAAGCUGUCCUGGCUUUGAUAAAAGCUGGUGCACAUGUUGAAAGUGCAGAUAAGGAUGGACUGACGGCGUUACAUUGUGCAGCAUCACGAGGACAUACGGAAUGCAUCGAUACCCUAAUCAAUUUGUGCGGGGCUCACACGGAUCAGAUCGAUUCUAAUGGAUGUACGGCUUUGCAUUAUGCCGUUACCUUGGGACAUGCGGAUGCCACCUCACUGCUGCUCAAGCUGGAAGCCGAUCCAAAUCGACAGGACAGGAAAGGUCGAACGCCGGCACACUGCGGUUGUGCCAAGGGACAAAUGGAAACCGUCAAAAUUCUGUACAAUAAAAAAGGAAAUCUGUGGUUGCGGAAUGCCAAAGGUGAUUUUCCCGUUCACGAUGCUGCCAGCUCGGGACGACGUCAAUUAGUGCAGUGGCUUUUAUCGAUGAAACCCAAACACAUCAACACUCCCAGUAACGACGGUAGAACUUUGCUGCACAUUGCCGCCGGUCACGAUAAUGUGGACCUGUGUAAGCUUCUGCUUGAGCUCGGUGCCGAAAUGAAUCACCUUUACCGACCGAACUCGAAAAGUGCCCCGUUAACACCACUGGAUUACGCAUUGGCAAAAGGUUUUCGAUCCACGGCCAAAUUUCUCCAAAUGCAAGGUGGGCUUCCAGCAAAUAAACUACGACUUUCCGGUCGGCAACAGAAGAUACUGCCGGACAUCGACAAGGUUGAGCCGCUGAAGCUGACCGAAAAGGAAGAAUUGAUCGAUCUGAAAACCUCCAAACGAUACAUUGUCUACAUGAACUCCAAUUCCGAAUCGGACAGCCAGGAUGAUCGAUCGCACCGCAAGAGCCGUCAUAAGCGAAAAGGAAGCCACCGAGCCAGACGAACCAGUAGCUGUAGUGAUAGUGUUUACCUGUACAGGGAAGGAGCUGCCGAUAUUAGCCGGUCGCGAAGCAACGUGGAGCUAAGCCGAAGUCGUCACCAUCAUCAUGGAAAGCACCACCGAGCGAGCAGUUCGUCGUCUACUUCCACCAGCGAAACGUCUUCAGAUGAGUGCUGCAGCCACAUCAAACGGAAACACAAAUGUUACAAGAAGUGUUCAUCCAAAUCGGCCCAUGCACGGGAUCGAAGUUCCCAUCGGGAACGUGAGCCAAAGGAGCCCAAGGAACUGAAGGAAUACGAAUUUAUGUACGCGGAGAAGCGCGAUUCUGGACCUAAGAAACCAGGUGAAAAGUGUGGUCGGAUCGUGUUGAAACAGGUUCACAGUGGUUCCUCGGAGAACGAGUCGAUGUCGGACACUAAUCGGACUCUAAGCCUCGGAAAGAAACCUUCAUUGUUGAACGUUCCGACGGAAAGGAUGGGGGGUUUGGAUUUUUUAGAAGAACAAUCACUGCCGAAGAGCCCACCCAAAGCGGAGUUUAAUAUAAGAAAAGAUUCUGAUGCGAAAUCAUCUGACUCGGGGGGUAAAAAAGUCACGAAAAAAGGAAAAGGUAACGGAAAGAAGACAAAGGGCCACGCGAAACCUCCCGGGAAAAAAGCCGAUUUGCCAAGCGACGAUGAGGAGAAACACCCUCACCCGGGGGAGAAAGUAGUGACGGAGGUUCAGGUACAUCCGACACCGGAUAGCAUGGCAAAAUCGACCGAGGACGACGGAGCAGCAACGGAUGCGACCUAUACGAUUGACCAGAAAACAAAGUCCGACUACGAGGGGCUUAGUGAGACGGAGACUGCGGAGAAAGUUAAGGGUGUUGGGAAAGUUAAAAGUAAAGUCAGUGCGGAAACCAUUGUAGAAGUGAAGGAUGAGAUGGUGCCGGAGUCGACGAAUGUGCCAGAAGAAUCUACGGCAGCAAAGAAAGAACGACCAAAAUUAAAGUCCGGCAAAGAUAGUAAGUCAAGUAAAUCCAAAUCAGAUUCAUCCGAAAAGGAGCUUUCGAAACAAAAGGCCAAAGAAUUAGAGGCACCAACAUCGCCUGCUGUUCCACCUCCUCCACAACCUUCUCCUGAGCCAGUUUUACCAGAACCAGAACAGCAGGUUCCUCCGGAGCCGGAACCCGUUGCGGAUGCUCCACCUGAACCGAAACCUGACAAAGCUGUUGUUCCUCAAGACACUACACCACUGGAGGUUCAGCCUAUUGCGUCAGACCCUGAACCGAAACCUGAGCCAGAGCCUGAACAAAUUGCUCCGGAACCGCCAACUGUAGUAGAAGAACCAACACAGACAACAGCAGAGCCUCCGGUAAAACCAGCCGAAGAAGAUCAGCGUGCUCCUGCCACUCCCGAAGAACCGAAAAAGGUUCAAACAGAAGAUCAAGUAAUUCCAGCGGAAAUCACAGUCGAGGAAGAUUCUGCGAAAAAGGUUAGCUUCGACAAGGAACGGCCGAAGCUCAAAAGAUCCGAGGAAUCCAUCGUGGAGAAAGAGAAUGAGAACGCGGUCGUGCCUUCCGUGGAACCAGUUCCGGUGGAUCAACAGAAAGUUGAUAUGACUAGAAGCUACUUCGUGAAUCUGAAUGGUGAAGCAGGCGAAGCCGGCGAGGCAGACGAGAAGAAAAAGCGAAAACUAAAGAAAAAGGUUCGUUCGAAAGAAGCCGAGGAGGAGGUGCAGAAAAGCAAAGACCAGGAUUCCGGGUUCGAACCAAGUCCACAAUCGGUGCGCAGUAAAUCGACUGUGUUUGACAGACCGACCAGUACGGCAGUGCUUCCAAGGAAACCAUCGUCUUUCACGAUGGUAGAGGAACGGGCAGCCAGUUCACGGCCCGAAGGACGGAAACUGGGCGAUCGGAAUGCGGUCAAUAUGACGACCGUACAGCAGUCGAUUCAGCGUAAUAUCCGACGAUACUACAUGGAAAGAAAAAUUUUCCAACACCUGCUCGAGCUGAAAAGCCUGCAGAUUCGCUCGACCAAGGUAAACGAGAGCGCACUGGUGAAGCGGGCCGUCGACGACUACCACAAGUCCACAAUCGAACUGGGCUACGAGACGGGGUCGACCCUGCGACGUUACCCGUACUCGGAGUACUCGUUCAAGAACUUCGAGCUGUUCCUGUACGACACGCUGAAGAGCCUGCAGAAGCGGGAAACCUACAACUUCCAGAACAUCUCCGAGGUGUACGACGAGGCCGAGCGUCGCCUCAGCCCGGACGUGAGUAGAUACGAGCGGGCCCUGAACUGUACCACCAAAACCCAUCGGUGUCUGCAUGCGACCCAUGCCUACACGGGAAUCCCCUGUGCAGCCUACAUUCCCAUGAUGAAUCACCACACCAUUCCGAAGCUGGGAUUUGGCCCGUACAGAUCGUCCGCGACCGGGGUUGGCAGCUUUUUCCUACCGAAAAUUCUCACCAACCCGACGGAUCGGAGCUGUCCGGGAACGGGCGGACUCGCCGCAGCCACUGCCGCCGCUAGCAAGGUAGCCCUAGAAUUAACCCACGGUAACAACAAGCAAGUAAUCACACUGCCAUCCGAAAAGCUCGAUAGUAAUAAGCGAUACUAUGUUACUUUUACUCUGAAACCGUCGGACUCGGAUGCUCAGACAUCUGCAGUCGGCUCACACGCAGACAAUACUGACCAAUACUUGUCAUCCGAUACAGGGAAGUCCGCGGAAGGUCAGCCUCAGCCAGCUUCCGCUUCAGGCCAACAACAACAACAACAACAACGAUGGCGUCCCCGUCAGCAACAACAACAACAACAUCAACAGCAGCCUGGUAAUGCCCAACAUCCGGACCAGCACGAGCCACCAGGUGUCCUUCCAGCAGUUGUAGAGGAGGACUCCAACAUCGAUUCCAGCUGUUCCCAGCAAGGUCGCAGCGGUGACGGUAGCUCCUCCGCCGGAGUUGUCGGAACACAACCCAUCUAGUACUGGAGGGGGCGGGUCACCGCCGGAAUUGCUGCGGUUACCGUUGCCACUGACACAGCCAAGGCCAGAUGGUGGCGCCCGUCGGAGUUCACCGAUGACGCCGCAGCUACAACACUGAUCCUUCACUGCCAGAACAAUUGUUCUAAACAAUGCCUUUUUCGUGGUUUUGACCGUACUUUGCCUAACCUAGCAGGAACACGUAGUGCCGUUUCCGUUCUUUACUCCGUGCUGGUUUGAAAAUUGUUACAUUUUUUUCAUUCGAUUAUUCUAAAUGAUUGGAAUACUGAAAGUGUUUCUGUACGUAGUUCGAGAGAUGUGCUGUGUCGUUAUUGUGUAAAUACGGAAAUAUACUGAUAUACAGUAAAGCUAUGUAUAUUGAGCCUGACCGGGCCAGUGUCUUUAUGCAAGUGUAUUUGUUUUUAUUACCAACGAGAUAGCCGAUGUUGGCUGUUUCCGCGAAAAUUGAUUCGGUCUCUUUAUGGUUACGAUGCUACCCGCCCAAAAUAGUGUUACCCGAUGAGUAGUCUGCAAAUCGAAGCAGGCGUGUCGCCAUUUAUUUUAUUCUGACAUCGAAAGAUAGAAAUAUGACGAAAGAUUGUAUGUAUUUAGAAGAAUCUCACCCCAAUUGACUUUGUAAACGCGCUUUUAUGUGACAGACAGACGUCAUUUAGCUGGAGCUCAGUCUCACGAAAAGUUGUAUUCGGUCUCAAUUUUUGUGUGAAGCUUUAUAGUCUGGUUUUGCCCAAUAACGCGUCUUUGCGACUUGAUACGAAAACUGAUGCAUAUUUUUCCAAAUCACAAAUUGAAAAUUGUGGCUGGUAGGUAGAAUCUACAAAACGGUUUUGAAAUCCCCAAAAGAGGCCGGUUUAAUCCCGGUCUCCCUAUAAAUUAUGAAGACUCUUUUCUUUAUAUAUUUAAUUUCCUUCAAACGGCUUUAUAACCAACAAUUUUUCAAUUAAUUAUAUACAUAUUUCCAUACGUAUGAAAAUUGAUGAAAAGGUUCUGAACCUCUCCGAAAAUGUUUUCUCGGUACGCACCUGUUUGUUGCAGUUGAAUCGAAAUCAAGUUGGAAAUCGAAAGAAAUUUCUCAUCAAAUUUCGUAAGAUAUACUUGGGCACAACACCGUUUCGACUCCGAUUGACGAAGAACUGUCCGGAAAACUGGCGACAUUAAUGGUGGUUUUCGAAUUGUUUUAAAUUUUUUCGUUAGAAGUUCAAAUGAAGGACGAUAGCGUAGCUUUUACACUACCCGACAUGAUAUGCAAAGCUCCACCUCUCAAUCUCUGCCAGCUGUCAGAAUUUCUCCCAUGCGGGUACUCUUAAAAACAAAAUUUAAUUUUUUGCGUGUAUAAUCUUGCCGUCAGGGCCCAGUGAAUUGUGUCGUGCUCUUUGUUUCACGCUUAAAAAUAGUUACUCAAAAAUGAGUAAGAUCUCACUCAUCUACAGAAAAAGUGGAACAACUCUAAUUUAGAGUAACUCCGAAGUUACUCAAAUUUGAGUUCUUCCACUGGAAACGAUAUUUGGGUAAAAUCUACUCAUUUACUGAGUAAUACUUUAUUUGUACAUGUACCAAAAAUAGAGUAACUAUCACUCAAAUUUUGAGUGAAAUUUUAUUUCACAUAUACCAAAUUUGCAAAAAAAUUUCUCCUUUUCUGAGUGUAUUGUAUUAAAAUAUUAAGUAAUUGAACUCAAUACUAUAUCAAGUGGUGGUUGCUUGGAGUAGUGUGUUAAUCUCAAAUUAACAUACAUGUCAGUUAUGCUCAGGCACCAAUCAUACACUUAUUUCUCAUAAAUGACAUUUGAGCAUAUUCGGUUUCAUUCUAAAGCACAACACGGAGUUUAUCAUUCCGGUUUUUGCAGACACAACACCGUUUGUGUUGAGCGACUCACCCUCGAAAUACGCGAUCUCACUAACAAAAUAUACAACCUGUUGCUACAAAUGGUUAUUACAACCUUUAGACUGAUCUUGCGAAUAGUAACAAAAAAACGAGCUAUUGCGUUAAACUCAAAUUUAGAGUAGGAGUUACUCAAUAUCAUUGAUGAUAACUACUCAAUUUUUGACGUUUCCAUGUAUCAUUUGAAAAUGAGUAACUAGUACUCAAACUUUGAGUAACUUUUUCUAAGCGUGUUGGCUAUUUUCAGACAUUGGGCACAACUCCGUUUCGUUUCUUUCCGGAAAACAGGCAACAUUAAACACGCUCUUUGAACAUAACUCAUCGUUUGAGUUGCGAUUACUCAAAUUCAUAAACUGGAACAAUAUGUCAAAGUUUGAGUAUGGAUUUGAGUAAAAUAAACUCGUUGCCAUGAGUUCUCUCGCAUUUAUUCAUACAUUAGAGUUGAGUUUUUAAAUAUUUGAGUGAAAAAAAUACUUCUUGCAGUUCAGUGCGUUUUCAUUCUCGGAGUAUUCUUAUAGAAAUAAAGAAUGCAAGAAUACGUCGUUUUCCAUUGCCGUUUCUAGAUUCGGUUUUAAAAACAUGAAUCAACGUCAAUCAUAGAUGUUUUGUGGUUUCAAUUAUGCUUAGUGAAAAGCGGAUAUCAAAACUUAGCGAAAAGAGGAUAUCAAAACAAUUCAAUUUUUACUCCAAACCGUUUUGGAAACGGGUUUGAAUCACUAUUUUGCGCAUUCAAAAGUAAGAAUAACUUUGUAUAUGAAAAUUAACGAAGAAAAAUUUCUUCAUUUUGAGAGCAAGGAACUCAAAUUUUGAGUUGAACUUACUCAAAUUUUGAACAAAAUAUUUUUUUCUUAUUUUGAAUAAAAAUUACUCAAGUUUUGACAAUUUCGCCCCUUAACGCAAAAAUGAGUAGAUAGGUGGUAACUUAAGUUUAGAGUACGUGCACUUCUUAUGAAUUUGAGUGAUGUGUCACUCAAUUUUGAGUUAUGUUCAAUGAGAGUGAAGGUUAGCAGAAAGCUUUGAUAAAAUAUCCGAAAUCCGUAAAUUGCAGAACAGUUGGUUUAAAUCUCUGAUCAGAGAUAUUUUCUUCGUUCUCCGUUGGGAAUAGUGACUCUGGUUUACUCGCAGCUUAUAUAUUUUUUUCUGUAAUAGUAUUGGUGUUUGCAUUCCCAAAAUGUCAUUCGACGCUCUGACAUUUCGUCUGUCAGAUUUCGUUACACACUCACGAAAAAUAUUUGAAACAAUGUUCUAUUCGUGUUUCAAUUUUUAUUAAUUCAAACUCAUCGAGUAGUUUUGAAUCUGUCUCAAAUUUGUACUUUAAAAAGCGGGAGAGUAAUUUCAAAGACAUAACCGGAUGACGCGUGAAAACGAAUAAAAGACAGUCGAGUGCAAUGCGAAAAUGCAAUUGGAGCUGGAUUUAUUACUGGCCACAGUCCAAGUAGAGAUCCAGACGCUGGGACUCUAGUUUCAGGUUCAGGAUUUGGAUUUCGAACGACCUGGAUCAGUAAUAUGGUAAAUCAAGGCUCAGUACCAGAUCCAUGUACAAGUUCAAGUCCAUUCAUUCAUAAUUGGAAAUGAAUUUUGAAACAGAAUUUCCGACUGAAUUCUAGUACUGAGCCUUGGAACUGAAUUUUUGAACUUAAUUCCGAACCAGAAUUCUGGAAAUGGCUCCUGGACAUGAAUUCAGGACCCGGGUUCUGAAGCUGAUUUUCAGAAGCGAAUUCUGGAACUGAAUUAUGGAGCUGAAAUUUGAAACUGAAUUUUUAAACUGUAUUUCCAGUUCUGUAUUCUGGGACAAAACUCUGAACAUAAAUUUUAGAAUUGAAUUUUGAUUCUGGAAUUAAGUUCUGAACCUGGGGUGGAAUCAUGUAAGGUGAUAAGUGACUAUCACCUCCUGGUGAUAAAGAGGUUAUCACCAGAAUGUUUGGAAUCACCGAAGGUGAUCACUUUUACUAUCACCAUCACCGGUGAUUGAGCCAACUUCACUCUAUUUAUCACCUGUCAAGAAACGUCAAUUUUUCAGGAGUAAAAUAUGAAUGUGGCGUAUAAAGUUGAUAUUAGGAGGAGUAACAUAUGAAAGUGGCGUAUACCCAUAUAAUAUUUUAAAAUCUAAAUUUUUAUUCCUAUAGUUUUCAAUCCUUUUCAUUAAUUCGAGUCAUGUUUAUCAAUGAUGAUUUGUAUGGAUCGAAGAGUAACGUUGAAAAAAAUUGCCUCGCGAGUAUGAAAACUGCGCACAAACAAAUAAAAAAUUCACCGUCAGUUCUUUGGGAUAAAUUUGCUAGCUUUGAAAUGACACGAAUUGUUAGAUCUUC